UGCCCCGGGGCCGGGCUGUUCGCGGGUGGCCGCGGUGACGCUGGGCCGGGUGGUGCCCAGCACCCCUGGCAACGGGCUGCAGCUUGUCCUAAACAGCCAGCAAGCCAUGGGCAUGCACGGACGCCUCACCUUCCUCCUCCUCAGCCUCUGUGCCCCAGGGACUUUCGUCAGAGCAGCAGCCUUGCUUGACCUGCCCUGCAUGGUGACCCUGAGUGAGGAUGCAGUGCCGGGCACUAGUGUGGCUGAGGUGACCGUGUCCUGUAGCAACACAAGUGACAGCCCCAACGUAACCCUGCAUGGCACUGAGCCCAGCCACCCCUUCAGCCUCAUUACCAGCAGCACUGACCCCAUGGCAAACACCACAUUUCAGGUAGAGGUGACGCUGCGUGCUGGUGCGGAGCUCAAUGCCCACUGGAUGAACAUGUACACCCUGACCCUGCGGGCCACUUGUCCUGGUGAGGAUGAGGUGGAAAAGCAGCUCUUUGUGUGGGUGAAAGGGGGGCAGGUGCUGCAUUGUAAUGCCCCAUUCACCAGCACAGCGGGAGAUGUGGUGCGGGUGCUGGCAGACGUGGCGCCUCGGACACCCCUGUAUGCUGUGAUGCCACAGCCACUCGGCGGGCUGACGUUCAGACUCCGAAACCACAACACACCGCUCGUGCUCACCGACCAGGGCCUGGUGCUGGCACCUGCCGGUGGCUUUGACCCCAGCAAGGGCACCCAGACAUUCAGGCUGGAGAUAGAGGUGAUGGACAGCAAAGGGCACAACUGCAGUGGAGCUGUGAGUGUGGAGGUUCUGCCAUCGUGCCGUCCUUGUGUCUCUUUCCUUGAGCCGCAGCAGGCUGUGACGGUGCCAGGUGUCAUUGGGCCCUUGGAGGUGGUCACACAGGUCCGUGCCAGCGGUGACAAUGUCCGCUAUGCCAUCCUUGCACCCACGGCACCCACGUUCUUCACCAUCGAUGAGAUGACAGGCAAGAUCCACAGCACCCGCCAGCUGGAGGUGGCCCAGGAACAACUCCUAGUUCAGGCUUACAAUGCACUGCACCCUGAUGACCAUGCUACCACCAUACUCAACAUUACCGUGCAGGGCACGGACCAGCAGGAGCUGAGCUGUGUCCCAGCCAUCUUCGUGUCCCAGGUGCCUGAGACAGAGCUCCCUGGCAGCACCCUGGUGACACUGAGGUGCACUGGCUGUGAAGGUGCUGAGGGGUGCCUGCGUUAUGCCCUCGAGGGGCCCCCUGCUUCCCGAUCCCACUUCCGCAUGGAGGGGCCACAGCUGCAGGUCAGCACCACCCUGGACUAUGACUCGAAGGCUGUGGCCACUGUGGGCUUUCAGUUCACAGCCACCAUCGUGGUGACAGCAGGAGGACAGCCCCCACGGAGCACCCGUGUGCCCAUGCUCGUGACCUUGACACCUGUCAAUGAAUUCACACCGGUGUGCCCCAAUGGUACCACCUUCACCGUGCCAGAGACAGCAGCUUUCGGCAGUGCUGUGGGACUCAUCGCUGGCACUGACCGUGACUACCCACCAGACAGCCUUGAGUACAGCCUGGAGGGGGGCCCUGGUCCUGAGCAGCCGUUCUCCAUCGAUGUACACACUGGUGAGAUCCGUGUGGUGGGACCCCUCGACUCCCGACAGCGCAAGAGCUACCGGCUGACGGUGCGGCUGACAGACACCCGCAAUGACUUGGACCCGGCAAAGCAGCGGAGCUGCCUGUGCGCCGUGACUGUACAUGUGCAGCAGGCUGUGCUGGACCAGGCGCCGGUGUGCAUCCCCGAGGUGCAGGAGCUGUGGAUCAUAGCCAGGUCAGGUAGCCGCCAGCCUGUCACCCGCCUAGCAUGCCAGGGAAGCCGUGAUGGUACCACGCUGACAUACAACAUUGCUGGAGGCAAUGAGGAUGGGCGCUUUCAGCUGGAGGGGAACACCGUCCUGUACCUCCCCAAUAACCUACCUGAGCCCCGCACCUUUGUGCUGCUGGUGGAGGUGUCGGGUGGCUCCGGCACCUCCCGCCACAGCACUGUGGUGGCACUGGUGGUGCACAUCACUCCCCGGAGCACACCGGUGCCACCCAGCACCACGACUCAGCGCACGACACCGCUGAAGGAACGUCUGGUUGUGACACGGGUGGAGGCAGUGUGGCGCCCACCAGCCUGGUUCGUGGCUGUUCUGACUGUCUCUGGUGCCCUGCUGCUGGCUACCCUGGGCUGCAUGGCCCGGAGCCUGCUGUGCAGCAAUCGAGUCCCUGGCAAGCUGCUGCUGGGCAAGAGCCCCUGGGAUGUGGUGGAGCAGAAGGGGGAUGAGGGGGAGCCGGGCAGCUCCCAUGCCAGCAGCAUGGAGCAGUUUGAUGGCCGUGCCCAGGACCCUGGCACUGGCAGGGACUAUCUCUUCAACAGCAAGACUGGGGCACGGCGCUGGAUCUGAGAGGAUUGACUUGGUGAGGGGCUCCCUGUGAUACACAGUUCCCCGAGGGCCAUGGCAGCCAGAGCACUGGUGUGGCUUUGGGGCCUGGGAGGAGGAUGGGAUCCCUCCUCUGUGGAUCUGUGCAGCCCCAGAGCCAGUGCAGGCCUAAUAAACAGUGGUAGAGACUGCAC